AUGUCACCCUGGACCAUCUCCUCCGUCACUCCAGACACUAUAAACGAAGUCGUUGAUUUCGUCAACAAUGCGCGUCAGCAAAUGUUUCCGGGGCUCUGCGCACAGCUCAAUGACGACGUUUCACGAUGGGUGUUAUCUGGCCAUUUCUUGACAGCGCGCAAAGGCAAGAACAUCAUCGCUACCAUUGGAUAUGUACCCUAUGAUUACCGUUUCCCACAACUCGAAUACCAGAAUCUGGAGGUGGUCGAGGUAGUCAGGCUAUUCGUGCUACCAGAGUAUCGACGGUGCGGGCUGGCUGCGACGCUGUUUGAGAAGUUGAAAGAGCAGGCCGUGAAGCAGAACAUCGGUUGCUUAUAUUUACAUACUCACCCCUUUUUGCCAGGUGCAAUUAGAUUCUGGGAGAAGCGUGGGUUCGCGGUUGUGGAUGUAGAAAGGGAUCCGGCUUGGGAGACUACGCACAUGCAGUUGAGACUGGAAUGA